AUGUCAAAGUACCAUGGGCACUGGGCGUACCGAGGCAGCGUCAGACCUUACGUCAACUUCAACGCCAAACACGAUGCUGAAAUUCUCCAUAAGGCCAUGAAAGGAAUUGGUACGGAUGAAGAUGCCAUCCUCAUGCUCCUGACAGCCCGCAGCAACGAUCAACGCCAGCAAAUUAAGGCAGCAUACAAAAAGGCCUACGGAAAGGACUUGGUCAGUGCACUGAAAUCUGAGCUCGGUGGGCUGUUUGAGAGUCUGAUUGUGGCCUUGAUGACUCCAUCUGUCUUAUAUGAUGCUUCUCAACUGCAUAAGGCUCUCAAGGGUGCCGGGACUGAAGAUGAAGUGCUAAUUGAGAUCCUGGCCUCCAGGACUGGCGAGCAGAUUAAAGAAAUCACCAAAGUGUACAAAAAAGAGUUCGGCGGAAAGCUGGAGAAGGAUAUCUGCGGUGACACCUCAGGGCACUAUCAGAGACUGCUGGUGAUCCUGCUGCAGGGGAGCAGGGAGGAGGGAGUAGACGAGGAAAAGAUCGAAAAAGACGCUGAGGAGUUGUACACGGCUGGUGAGGGAAAGUUUGGCACAGAUGAGGAAAAAUUUAUCACAAUUCUGGGCAACAGGAGCACAGAGCAUCUCAGAAAAGUAUUUGAUGCCUACAAGAAGCUCUCUGGCUCUGACAUAGAGGACAGCAUUAAAGGCGAGACCACUGGGAAUUUGGAGAAUUUGCUGCUGGCUGUUGUGAAAUGUGCCAGGAGCAUCCCAAACUUUUUUGCUGAGAGCCUGUAUAAAUCUAUGAGGCGAGCUGGAACCGAUGAUGGCACCCUGAUGAGGAUAAUGGUGUCGAGGAGUGAGGUGGACAUGUUGGACAUCAGAGCCAGCUUCAAGAAGAUGUAUGGACAAUCUCUCUACACCACCAUCCAGGAGGACACAGCUGGAGACUACCAGAAGGCUUUACUCUACCUGUGUGGUGGGAAUGACUAAUGCAACUUUAUGACACAUUUAGCAGCGAUGAAUGAUGAGCCACCGUUUUGCUG